AUGACUCUCUUGCCUGAAACCCAUCCCGAAUCUAAGAAAGCUCCACCUUCCUUCGCCUCCGAGUCCAAAGUUGCCAACCACGAUCGCACCAAACGCACCUUCCAUAACGUCCUCGACCUGAUCAUUCCGAAUGUGACUGUAUCGGACCUCCUUGCGGUCAGUCCCGAGCUGCGAAAAGAGGUUGUGGAGCACUAUAUUGUUGCGACGCCUGCCAAAAACGAAACGCCUGUUCAGUUAAACCUCCUCGACGGAGGAUCCGAAAUAGUGAUUAUACGGGAAGACAUUUGGAGGAAGAUUCAGGCUCCCAUAAAUAUUACUAUCCAUGAACGCAGACUGCAAAUGGCGGAUCGCAAGAAAUGGUAG